AUGCCUUUGGCACGUGAUUUGCUUCAUCCUGAUCCUGAGGAGGAGAGAAGAAAAUGUAAGCUGAAGCGGUUGGUUCAGCACCCGAACUCGUUCUUUAUGGACGUGAAAUGCCCGGGUUGUUUCAAGAUCAGCACCGUGUUCAGUCACUCUCAAACCGUUGUAUACUGUGCUGGCUGCAACACGGUUAUAUGUCGGCCUACGGGAGGAAAAACUAGGCUUACGGAGGGUAAGGUUUUGGUUUAA